AUGACAGAUACGACAAUAUUCGGCAGAUAUGAUGGUGAUCCCAAAAACUCAGACCGUCACUAUGAGGAGCUGCGGGUGCGCCUGGAGAGAACUGCGAAAAGGGUGGCUGCCGCAGACAAAGAAGAUGCCAAGGAGAUUAGCAGACUUCUGGUGUCGGACCUGAGCGAGCUGUGGCGGCUGGACGGGCGAGACCGGGGCAGGCGCCGGCUGGCAAAACAGACUGCGGAGCUGGUGCAGCGCCGGCUUCGAACCCUGCAGAAUCCGCAGCACUGUCACGCAGCCAGGAGGCUUGGCUGCCACAUCAUGAAGUGUGGCUUCGGGUGCCAGAUGCAUCAAGCAGUUUACUGCCUAAUUGUUGCGUAUGGGAUGGAAAGGACUCUGGUGUUCUCGGACAGCACUCUGAACUACGCGGAUACCAGAUGGGACGAGGUUUUCCAGCCACUGAGUAACACAUGCAGCCACUUAAAUGCAAGUGACUUUCCUGGAGCGCUCAGAGACCGGCUGGUGGUGUGGCUAGGGGCGGCCCGCGGCUUCUUGGCACACACGACGUUCCAUCCGCCGGCAGUGCCGGCCGACCUGCUGCCGACGGUGCGGCUGUUCCACGGCGCGCCGCACGCCUGGUGGGUGGGCCAGGUGCUCACCUACCUGAUGCGCCUGCAGCCUCGCUCCGACCAGCUCGUGAGGGCAGCACUCCGCCGUCUCAACUUCACCAGGCCCAUCGUGGGGAUCCACGUACGAAGAAGUGACAAAUUGUUCCACGAAGCUAAAUAUCACGCUGUCGACGAGUACAUGGCCGCAGUAGAGGACAUCUACGAAACGCUGGAGAUAACAAACGGCAGUGGAGCAAGAAAGAUAUACGUGGCUACGGACGACGUCACUGUUUUCGAUGAGAUCAAUAAAAAGUAA